AACAUUCAUACGUAUACAAACAAGGAGCCAAGAGGCCAGCAAACAAUUCAAAUAAUGUGGAUUUUCGGACUCAGAGGAAAAUCAGGCUUCUCCUCGAAUAACACUGCCGAGGAUGUCACGGAAGGAGUUGAUGGAAGUGCCCUUACUGCCAUUAUUACUGGAUCAACAAAUGGGAUUGGAUUAGAGACUGCGCGAGUCCUUGCAUUGCGUGGAGUACAUGUAAUAAUGGCAGUGAGAAAUGUGAAAGCUGGUGAAAAAGUUAAAGAAGAUUUGCUGAAAAAAAUGAAGGAUGCUAAAAUUGAUGUAAUGGCACUAGACCUCAACUCACAGGCUUCGAUAAGAUCAUUUGCUGAAGAAUUUAUCUCCAAGUCUCUUCCUCUUAACAUCCUUAUCAACAAUGCAGGGAUUAAUGCACCUCCUUUUACCCUUUCUGAAGAUGGAUAUGAACAGCAAUUUGCAGUUAACCAUUUAGGACCCUUUCUUUUGACAAAUCUUUUGCUGGAUACCAUGAAAAAAACGGCAAGUGAAAGCGGAAUAGAAGGAAGAAUUGUCAGUGUUGGAUCCGCUAUGCAUGCUUAUGGAUACAAAGAAGGAAUCCGCUUUGACAAAAUUAAUGAUGAAGCAAGUUAUCAUCCCCCCAAUGCGUAUGCACAAUCAAAGCUCUGUACCAUGUUGCACACUCUGGAGCUUGCAAAACGUUUGAAGGAGGGAGAAAUUAAUGUUACUGCAAAUGUGCUCCAUCCUGGCAUUGUUGGUACAAACAUUUUCAAAAAUCGCGGUGCUCUUAAUAAGUUCAUGACCGUGGCUGGGAAUAUUGUAUUCAAAAAUAUUCAGCAGGGUGCAUCAACUACUUGCUAUGUGGCACUGAAUCCGAAAGUUAAAGGCAUUAGUGGUGAAUACUUCGUGGGCAACAACAUAUCAAAGUCUGCUACUGCCAUGGCUAAGGAUCCAGAAAUGGCCAAGAAACUUUGGGAGCUCAGUGAAGAAAUGACUAAGCCCAAGUCAUAAAUCAUUGAGUUUGCUAUGUGGUGAAUGAUUUCAAAACUACAUAUAGAAAAAUAUGAGCAAUCAAGUCCAUCAGGCCUCACAGCAACCUCAGAGGCUCAUUUGUUUUAGCGUAAUUAGAACAACAUGCAUAAAGAUUAUCCUGACUGAAUAAGUUGAAAUUAUUCACAAAUAAAAUGAAGCUCAUUACUUUUUCUUUUUUAGUGCCUAGUCUUAGCGGAUGACUAGAAUUAGUUGUAUUUGAUCGUGAUUGGAUAGCAAAAAUAAUAAGCAGCCAUUUAUCUGAUGUUCCAGUAUCACAAAAAGAAUGGCAUCUGUAUUUUCCAUGUAUAUGUUUUCAUGAUACUCAAAACAUUUGUUUUCGAGCUCUGCAAAAUAUCGACCUGGGGUAUGCAAUUGCAGUAAGCUCUUGCGUUACUUAUAACAUCGAUUCGGC